CCGGCCGCCGCUAGGGCCCGACUCUCGCGAGAGCUCCCUGGGCCACCCUUGCACCUUCCCCGACUCCGCGGGGAAUUGGGAGGAAGUUCCGGAGAGCCGCGACACGCAAACGCGACACGCCAAUCUUGCGCCAGCGCGCCGCAAGUGCGCAGGCGCCGCCACUCUGCUGCUCUUCCUCGUCCCUCUGCCCACAUCAGGCUGUCGGGUCCUAUGUCGCGCCGGGCCCUCCGGAGACUGAGGGGGGAACAGCGCGGCCAGGAACCCCUAGGGCCCGACGCCUUGCAGUUUGUCCUCCUUGAUGACGAUGACGCAGAGGAAGAGGGACCAAAACCGGGGCUGGGUGGCCGGCGCCCCGGGGGUGCAGGGAAGGAAGGAGUCCGUGUCAACAACCGGUUUGAGCUGAUAAACACCGAGGAUCUUGAGGAUGACCUUGUGGUAAACGGGGAGAGGUCUGACUGUACCCUGCCGGACUCUGUGUCAUCAGGGAACAAAGGAAAGACUAAACAUGGAAACGCAGAGACCAAGGAAGAUGGAGGUGCAACCAAAGCAGGGUCCGCGGAACAGUCUAAUGCAAGUGGCAAACUCCGAAAGAAGAAAAAGAAGCAGAAAAAUAAGAAAAGCUGCACAGGAGAACCCUCGGAGAAUGGACUAGAAGAUAUCGAUCGCAUCUUAGAGCGGAUUGAAGACAGCAGUGGGUUCAGCCACCCCGGCCCCCCUCCACUGAGCUCCAGGAAGCACAUCCUAUAUGUGGAGCACAGACACCUGAAUGCAGACACAGAACUGAAGAGGUAUUUUGGUGCUCGAGCGGUCCUGGGAGAGCAAAGGCCUCGGCAGAGGCAGCGUGUGUAUCCCAAGUGUACAUGGCUGACGACCCCUAAGAGCACCUGGCCCCGAUACAGCAAACCAGGUCUGUCAAUGCGGCUGCUGGAGUCCAAGAAAGGCCUUUCUUUCUUUGCAUUUGACCACAAUGAAGAGUACCAGCAAACACAGCACAAGUUCCUGGUGGCUGUGGAGUCCAUGGAGCCAAACAACAUUGUGGUUCUGCUCCAGACAAGCCCCUAUCAUGUGGACUCACUGCUGCAGCUCAGUGAUGCCUGCCGCUUUCAGGAGGAUCAAGAGAUGGCUCGAGACCUUAUAGAGAGAGCCCUGUACAGCAUGGAGUGUGCAUUCCACCCGCUGUUCAGUCUCACCAGUGGCACAUGCAGGCUGGAUUACCGCAGACCGGAGAACAGGAGCUUCUACCUGACCCUGUACAAGCAGAUGAGUUUCUUAGAGAAACGUGGAUGCCCACGUACUGCCCUGGAGUACUGCAAGCUCAUCCUGAGCCUUGAGCCAGAUGAGGACCCCCUGUGCAUGCUGCUGCUUAUUGACCACCUGGCCUUACGGGCCCGGAACUAUGAGUACCUGAUCCGCCUCUUCCAGGAAUGGGAGGCUCAUCGGAACCUGUCCCAGCUCCCGAACUUUGCCUUCUCAGUUCCAUUGGCCUAUUUCCUUCUGAGUCAGCAGACAGACUUACCUGAGCAGGAGCUCAGCUCUGCCAGGCAGCAGGCGUCCCUCCUGAUACAGCAGGCGCUCACCAUGUUCCCUGGAGUUCUUAUGCCAUUGCUGGAGUAUUGCAGUGUGCGGCCUGAUGCCACAGUCUCAAACCACCGCUUCUUUGGGCCGGAUGCUGAGAUAAGCCAGCCUCCCGCCCUGGGCCAGCUGGUGAGUCUGUACCUGGGGAGGUCACACUUUCUUUGGAAAGAACCCGCCAUUAUGAGCUGGCUAGAGGAAAAUGUCCAUGAGGUUCUGCAAGCAGUGGAUGCUGGAGACCCUGCUGUGGAGGCCUGUGAGAGCAGGAGGAAAGUGUUGUACCAGCGUGCGCCCAGAAACAUCCACCGCCACGUGAUACUGUCUGAGAUCAAGGAGGCUGUUGCUGCUCUACCCUCGGAUGUGACCACACAGUCUGUGAUGGGGUUUGACCCUCUGCCUCCCCUGGACACCAUCUACUCCUACGUCAGACCAGAGAGGCUGAGUCCAGUCAGCCACGGAAACACAAUCGCCCUCUUCUUCCGGUCAUUAUUGCCAAAUUACACCACAGAGCAGCUGUAAGUCCAUCCGGAUGAGGAUGUGACAUCUGGAGCUGCAGCAGCUAUUCUGCAACCACGAGGCAACGAAUUCCAAAAUGAAGAGCCAUGCUCUAGGAAAAGUGAAGCAGAGGAUACCCCAGGCCUUCGGGAACGCUCCACCUCCGGGCCUGUCUCCUGAGGCCAUUAAAUGCUGGGAUUCAGAAGUGUUGCUCAGACUUCCAACUGAAUCCAUUUCUAAUGGUGAAAAAUAAAACCAGUCUCUCACACCAUCUGUGGGUCAUCGGGAAAAGUGACUUCUGAGACAGGGUCUCACCGUGUAGCCCGUAGUGGCCUGGCGUUCGCUGCGUAGACCAGGCCGGCCUCGGAGAUCCGCCUGCCUCUGUCUCCCACAUGUUAGGAUUAAAAGAGUGCACCACUACACCUGACCUGCAUGUCAUCCAAACAGCUUUAAAGUCUGGCCUGUCACCCAGGUAGGGGUGACAGUGUACCCCGCUCCUCCCGUACCCCCCUGGUCCCUCAGUCUCACAGGUGACUGCCUGUGUGUUCCUGUGCAGAAUCUGUUGGUCGUUUGUGCAUUUUCCUGUAGUCAGGGAGAAAACCUGUUUGCUGCCUCUCAGAGAAAGUUCAGAAGAAAUGAAAGACAUUGAAACAAAACGUGGUGGUAUGGCCUUUUUAACUUUUUUUUUUUUUUAAAUGUGUGUGGGUGUUUUGUCUGAGUGUGUGUCUGUGCACCGUGUUCAUGCCCACAGAAACCAGAAAAGGGCAUACAAAAGGGCUGUUGGAUCCCUUGGAAGUGGAGUCAAUAUCCCUUUUUCCUUUCUAUUUCUUUUCGUUGUUUAUCUAUUUGCUUAUUUUUCGAGACAGGGUUUCUCUGUGUAGCUCUGGCUGUCCUGUCCUCCUGUCCUGGAACUUGCAUUUUAUGUGAGGCUGGCCUCAAACUCACAGAGGUACACCUCCUCUGCCUCCUGAGUGCUUGGAUUAAAGGCAUGCACUACCGUGGCUCAGCUGUCACA